AUGAAGGCCGUUUUAUUUGGUUCUCUUGCACUUGUUCAAGGUGCUUUUGCUAUUUGUGCAGGCUUCAACUUCGCCAUUGGGAAUCAGAUGCACUUGAGCGACACCAUAAGCAGAUGGAAUGUCUACAACGAUGACUGUGCAGUUGUUGAUGGUUUGACCACAACUGAAAACCCCUGCACCCAAGGCAUAUUUGGAUGCUCUCCGCCUCCAGUCAUCUUCAACGAGUACACCAGCACUUUCACUGGUCUCAG